UUAAUUUUUUUUUUUUUUUUUUUUUUUUUUUUUUUGCAUCCUCCCUCCUCCUCCCCCAGCCUCUCCCCCCCACCCCGGGUUUGGCUGCCUCGCUUCCCAGUUGCUGCAUGAAGGCUGUGCUUGUACCGGCGUGUGCCCGCUCCCGGAGCCGCGCACCCACCGCGACCGCGGCCGGGGAGAGCCCGGAGCCAGCGCUGAGAGUGGAAUUAUUAUUAUUUCUAUUAUUAUUAUUAUUAUUAUUAUUAUUAAAUUUUUCUAUUUUUAAAUAUUUUUUUUUCCAUUUUUUUUCCUUUUUUUUUUUCCUUUUUUUUUUUUUUUUUUUUUUACCUGUCACAUUCAUCCUAGAAAAAUAAAAAAAUAAAGCGGGCAGGGCUCGGGAGCCCGCGGCAUCCCCGGCACGGGGGAGUGCGUGUGUGUGCGCGGGGGGCUCCCCGCGGCCCCGCCGCCCCCCGCCGCACCGCAGCGUGCGGGCAGCGAGCGCGAUGCGCCCCGCGCUCGGCUCUGCGGAAUAGCGCGGCCACGACCCGACCGCUGGCCAUUCCCUCUUGAUGUCCAUGAAUGCAAACACCAUGAUUUUCAUGAUCCUGGGCGCCUCUAUCGUUAUGGCAAUAGCUUGCUUGAUGGACAUGAAUGCGUUGUUGGACAGAUUUCACAAUUACAUCCUACCGCAUCUGAGAGGGGAGGACCGAGUUUGUCACUGCAACUGUGGAAGGCAUCAUGUCCAUUAUGUCAUCCCUUACGACGGGGACCAGUCAGUGGUGGACUCCUCCGAGAAUUACUUUGUGACUGACAAUGUAACCAAGCAGGAGAUUGAUCUGAUGCUGGGACUUUUGCUGGGCUUUUGUAUAAGCUGGUUCCUGGUGUGGAUGGACGGGGUUCUCCACUACGCCGUGCGCGCCUGGAGGACCAGCCGACGGUAUGACAACUCCUGGUCUUGGAUUCCGAAGUUUUGUAACUUGAAGGAGUUGAGGAAACGUCACCACCGGCAGUACGAGGAGGCCACUGGGAACAUGGUGCACAUCAAACAGAAGCUGUACCACAACGGGCACCCCAGCCCCCGGCACCUCUGAGGGACCCCCAGCCUCCAGGGACUGCAGCCAGCUUUUAAAACACACAGGACUCUGCUCUUCCUCCUCGGGAACAGCUCUUGUUUGCUCCCGAGCCAGCUGAGGACACGGAUUUUAGGGAUCCAUCCCAGGUGUCCAUGGGUGGACACGUCACGAUGCACAACUAAGCCAGUCCUGGGUGCUCUGCAGCCAAGACUUUGCACUGUGUUCCACAUUUUAUUGUCAGACUCGUGUAUAUAUGUAAAAAAAAAAAAAAAAAAAAAAGGCAAAAAAAAAAAGCAGACGAACAAAAAGAAAAAACAAACAAAAAAGAGAGAGAGAAAAGAGAUUUGCAUUAUACUUUUCAACCCCUCCCUUUUCCUGGCUGUCCUGCACAUCCUGCUGGGAAUGCUGGUCGAGGGGAUGGAGGUGGGACAACACGAAGAAGAUGCAGAGUGUCUCCUCCAGGAGCUCCAGCCCCAGUUUCUCUGCUCCUUUGGCUCGGGUGUGCCCUCCCUGCUGUGCCCCUCCCGUGGCUGCUCACAGGUUUGGAUGGGCACUGCUGCCAGCCCGGCCUUAGGCACAGUGUCCCC